UGUCGAAUCAGCGGUUCGGAGCGCCAAAGUCACGUGAUUUCAGCAGUUGUUUGGCAGUUUAUGUCUAUGGUUUGACAUGCGAUCUGAAUCAUGAUUCGAAUCGCCACGCUGAUUCAUUAUGCUCCGAAACCUCCGAAGUGACAGCGAAAAAUGCUACCUAUCAGAUUGUGCUUCCAGCGUGAUAUUUACAUGGUUUGUGGCUUUAUUAACAUCUACACCUACCCCAACCCUAAACCUACCCUUAUAAUAAUGCAAGUACAGUAGUGGUAGCACAAUAUGAUAUAACAUUAAUCGUUAGAACAAGUAUAAAUCGAUAGCGAAAAAUGCUACUUAUCAGGUUGUGCUUUAUUAAUGUCUACACCUACACCAACACUAAACCUACCCUUACUAUAAUGCAAAUACACUAAUUUUAUCAUGACAAAAAUGAUGUAAUAUUGAUGUGCGCAAGUGCAGUAAGCCUGGGUAGGACAAUCUGAUGAGUAGGAUGAAAUGUCAGGACACCGGCACUGACAUAUAAACAGUUUUGUCUCAAGAUGCACAACAGUAAUGUUUUCUUUUCUUUUUCCACUAAGCCGCGUUUAUAAAAGCUAGGCUACUUAAAUGUCCUAACUAAACUAAGGCCUAAUCCUGGCUUAAUCUAAACUCUGUCUGUGAAACCGGGCCUAGAGUUUUCUUUUUUCUACUGCUUUAAGGAUUGAAAUAUUUUUAAAAUCAUUUUUAAAUGCUACAAAAUUUGGAGCUAUUAUAACAAAUUUGUUUGUGCAAAUAAAACCGAUCUAUAAUCAAAAUAUUACUGCACAAAAAUUAAACCUUGCUGUUGAAUUUGUAAUAAGUUUCACUUGUUAGACAGCAUUUUUACAUUGGAUAUAUGGGAAUAUUUAAAUUGUGAUGUAGGCCUAUGUAUGUACUAUAGGCUAUUAUAUACUGUAGUCUAUGAUAUUUGGGCUUGUGUCCACAUAUUCUCAGAUAAAUAUAUAUCCUAAUUUAAAGAAUAAAUUGGAGUCACAUGAUGGCAAUUAAACUUGUCUAUUAUCUGCAAGUUUAUUAACUAUGUUUUUGAAAUAGGCAUCCCCAGUACCAGUCGCAACAUAUCAAGUCUAACUUUUUUUUAGAUUCAGAUUUUAUUUUAAGCCAUCACAUGUUACCUGGAAUGCUGACCCACAACAAAGCGUGACCCUCACAGGCAUACCAUUGUAACAGCUUUGGGCAGUUCACCUGUUCAUCAAAGAGAGAAGAUGAAAUUUUCAGCCUGCUUUUAAUGCCUGCCAAGAACAAAGGGUAAUAAAUAACCAUGAUGACGGCUGCCCUCUACAGCGAUGGCUAUCUGCCAUUGGUUUCCUCCUGCCAUAAUGCUACCAGACUUUUCACCUCUAUGUAUAGCUGAUUCUAUUCUUGUAGUUGUUAGUAAUACAAACACUGCACUCUCGAGUCAAGUGCAUCUGCUUCAACACUGUCGUGGAUAGUCAAUGGUGCUGUGAAUGUCUUCAAAGACAGGUUUGACUGUUUGGGAAUUUCUUUGGAGUUCAGAUGAAAAUGACAGGAGGUAACCUGAUGGAGACAAGCAGCUGUGCCGGCUCAGAGAUCGACAUGAGGAAGGCGGUUUACCAGCCGACGGGUUUCAUGAAAACAACAGUGAAGGUGAGCUUUGGCGAAAGUGCUUUUACAGUGGACAGAAGCCUUCUGGAGGAGCAUUGUGAAUACUUUCGGGCGCUUUUCCAGUCUGGCAUGAAGGAAUGCCAGGAGGAUGAGGUGUGUCUUCAGGUGCCGAGCGCUCGUGGAUUCCUGGUCGCCCUCCGUGUGAUACACGGCGAAAGACCCAUGCUGAGCGGUGACGAAAUUGUCGAUGCCAUCGAGUGUGCUGCGUUCCUUCACAUAGAGCUUCUAACUGAGCACCUCAUAAACAUUAUCAAUUCAGACAACUGCCUUCUUAUGUAUCACACAGCGGCGAAUUUUGGGUUAAUGAAGCUCUUCGGCAGUGCAGCUUUGUUCAUUCGAGACAUUUAUCAAGACCUCGAAGAAGAUGUGAAGUGUUUGCCAGAGGAUUUGAUUGAAUAUAUAGAGUCUCUUGUUCCUAGUACGUACAUCAUGGUUGGUAGUCAUUCGCCAACCAUCAAGCUGUUGCAGGACUUCAUGAGGACUGUUUGUUACCUUGAUGAGGACGAGAAAGACUGGAAGGUUCUCACUCACCUGCCUCUCAACGCCAGCACCACCAUGGCAGGAGUUACGGUUUUAGACAACAAGCUCUACAUUGUUGGAGGAGUCUAUGAUAUUACCAAUAAAGUUGUGGAUUCUGGUUUCUGCUAUGAUGUAUCUACAGAUACUUGGAGCACAUUUUCCAGCCCUCAGCAACUUCGCUACAACUGCACCCUUGUUGGCCAUGCAGGUGACCUUUUUGUCAUUGGCGGAGAGUAUGAAAGGACCAUAAUGUCCUCUGUGGAGAAAUACAAAGUCUCCUCGGACACCUGGAGCUUCGUUGCCCAUCUCCCAAAACCUGCAUCUGCCGUGGCUUGCGCCAAAGCCAUGAGAAGACUGUUCAUAUGCCUCUGGAGACCUAAAGAUGCUACGGAGAUUUAUGAGUACAUAGCGAACAAGGAUGAAUGGAUGUUAAUCACGACACUUGUUCGGCAUCAAAGUUACGGUCAUUGCAUGGUGGCCCACAGGGACAACUUGUACGUCAUGAGGAACGGGCCAUCUGAUGAUUUUUUGAGAUGCAUGAUGGACUGUUAUAAUCUGACCUCAGGUCAGUGGACGGCCAUGCCCGGGCAGUACGAGAACAGUAAGGGGGCUUUGUUUACCGCGGUAGUGCGAGGUGACUCAGUGUUCACGGUGAACCGCAGAGCGACAGUGGAAUAUGCUAUUGAGGACAACAAAUGGAGGACGAAAAAAGAAAUGACAGGAUUUCCAAGAAUCGGCUCCAUGUGGACUUUCCUCUUGAGACUGCCAAAGAAAAGCAGAGAGCUUUUACAAAAGAAAAAUAAUGGAGCUGAGAUCUCAUCUGACCUCAGCUCAAGUGCUUCUGUACCAGUGUUGCCAACUAUUUUCAAUGGAAAGUAGCUAAUGUCUGCAAAAGUUGAAUGUUGCUGGAUGCACCUAACUGUCAGCACUUUGCAUUUGUUUUCUCUCCUAAUCAGAGAUGGUCUUGUUAUUGAGAGAUAUGAGGGUCCGUUGCUCUACCAUUGGAAAAAGCUUAACGGCUAAUUUGGAUCACGUGUGCCUUGAUAACCAAUCACAUUACAGCCUUGACGUCAUUGAAUUUCGUUCAGUUGUGCAACAGUCACUAGCAGGGUUUCCAUCCAUACGGAGCCCCGGACAUCACAUGCAGGGGGAAAAAAUAGUAGGCUAAAUUGUGCGCAUGAUUUACUAAAUCGUUC